AUGGAUAAAGAUUCACUUCUUCAAGCUUUGGGUGGUACUCUAGACGCAGACCAACAUGUCAGAAAAAGUAGCGAGCAGUCACUACACGUUUAUGAACAACAACCCGGAUUUACGAGUUAUUUGUUGGACUUGAUUAUUGAGCCUGGGGUUCAACUUGGCACACAGAUUGCAGCUGCAAUUUUCUUCAAGAAUAGAGUUUUGAACUAUUGGAUUGCGCCUGAAAGUACCAAACAACCAGCAAGCUAUUUCCUUCUUGAAAAUGAAAAAAGUGAUAUAAAGAGCAAAUUGGUCCCCACGUUGAUGAAAGCACACAAGAUAAACCAGAUUAAAUUUUCGUUGUCAACUGCAUUGAACGGGAUAUUGAGCUACGAUAAGUGGGAUGAGCUAACAGCAUUGAUUGUCAAUUUACUUUCAUCACAAGAUCAAGACCAAAUAUUAGUGGGGUUGAUUUGCUUGCAUGAAUAUGUUAAGAGUUAUAGAUGGGCUGGUCUUGAACUGAAAAAUUUUUCCAACCCCGUUGUGGAAACGAUUGCCCAAGAGAUCUUUCCAAUUAUUGAACAGUUGGCCCAGACAUUGAUUUCCAACGAUGGAAGUACUGUGACCGACGAAAUGCUCUACCUCAUUGUUAAAUCAUUCAAGAAUGCCACAUAUUCCUCCCUUCCGGCAUAUUUGAUGGAUAUAAACAAAUUGGGUCUCUGGUGUAAAAUACAUAUUCUGAUAAUCAACAAGCCUUUACCCAAAGAGCUUAUGGAGGAAGAUAUACCAGAACAGCGUGCUUUACACCCUCGAGUGAAAGCAGUUAAGUGGUGUUUUGCCAAUAUGAAUCGUUUAUUGAACAAACAUGGUGGCGGGUAUUUAACCAAGGAAAAGAACGAUUUUACUCAAAUAUUUCUCACAAAUUUCGUUCCUGAAAUCCUCAGCUCCUAUUGGAAGAUAAUUGAAGAUUGGUCGAGCAGAAAGAUAUGGUUGAGUGAAGCAUCAUUGUUUUAUAUGAUUUCAUUUUUGGAGCUCAUAAUUGAAACGCCAUGUUGGGAAUUGGUGGGUGAUAAAUUGGAUGCUAUAAUCGGACAUUUGAUACUUCCAUCUUUGCAAGCUACGCAAGAAACAAUGGAACUUUACGAAGACGACACAUUUGAAUAUAUUAGAAGAUUUUUUGAUGUCAAUAGGGAACAAAAGACCAGUGAUGUUGCUGCCAUCAAUUUUGUGUUCAGACUUUCCAAUAAAAAGUUCAAGCUGACUAUAAAUGUGGUUUUCGGAAUCAUCAAUGACAUCUUUACGCAAAGAACAAACGAUCGAGGAAACCAGGAGGUUGCAAUGAAAACUGAGGGAGCCCUCAGAAUACUUUCCACAAUUUCAUACAAGUUGGACCAAAAAUCUUCACCAUGUCAUGGACAAGUGGACAAUAUGCUUGCAACGUAUGUUCUUCCUGAGUUGUCAAAUGAGAAUGCUACAAAAACACCUUGGCUUACUGCAAGAGCUUGUGAUACGAUUGCUAUGUUCCACAAUCACAAAUACAGUGAUAUGCAAGUCUUGCAAUCGAUUUUCCAAGGAAUCAUCACUUGUUUCCAAAAUGAGAACCAAUUCCCAAUCCAGUUGACAGCUGCAGAUGCAUUGGCUACUUUGGUUCAGGAGGACUCAGUAGCAGCCCAUGUUGCAGACCAAGCGCCUCAAUUAUUGGAGAAUUUGUUGGAGAAAUCGAAAAAGUACGAAAGUGAGAUUUUAACCAAUGUGAUGGACACUUUUGUUGAGAAGUUUGCCAAAAGUCUUGAACCUUAUGCCGUUGAGCUUGGAACUAAGUUGGUUGAACAAUUUCUUCAAUUGUGCAAUGAUAUUCUUGAACUGCAAAGCGCAGGAGGAGCGAUCGAAACCGACAAGGAGUACCAGGCAAGUGGCUUAUUGAGUACAUUGACCACCUUGAUUCUUUCCACCUCACAUGCCUCGAAAAUAGGAACUCGUUUGGAGACGGUGGUUCAAGAGUUAAUCAGCUUUGUUUUGGAAAAUGCGAUGGUGGUAUUUUUGACGGAAAUCGUUGAGAUUAUGGAGUCAUUGUUGUACUUGAAUCAAGAGGUGACAACUACUAUGUGGUCAAUGUACCAGAGUGUGAUUGAUGCAUUCGAGACUUAUGCUUACGAAUAUUUUGAUCUGUUUCAACCAUUCUUUGUGGGUAUUGUCAACAAAGGAUUUACCAAUCCUCAAGUUACCAUGCAGCAUCCUUAUGUCCAAUCAAUGAUGAAUGUGUGCUUCGGUGUUUUGAAACAAGAAGACAUGGAUCCAAUAUUUGCUCACUCGGCGUUUGAAGAUAUUGAACUAACCAUUUUGGCCAUGGAUACGCGAAUUGCAUCUCUUUUACCAAACUUCUUGACUGAAAUAUUUGAAAUUUACCAUAACUUGGACGCCCAAAAUGCAUUUGACGGAUUCAUGUUGCACCGUUUAUCAUUACUUCGUAUUCUUUUUGCUGCCAUUUUUGUUGAUCCAGUAAAUACAGUCAACUUUAUAGGAUCCAGAGGUUUUACUGUGGAGUUUUACAAAUUAUGGAUCAAACAUAGUGAUGAUUUCCAGAGUGUCUAUGGAUGCAAAUUACAGAUUUUAUGCGCUUUGGCCAUCCUUAAAAGUGAAGCCGUCAAAAGCAUUCAGGAAGACUUGGUUGGAGAAACUGUUGAUUUACUUAUAAACAACGUGGCUGCUUUGCCAAAUGCGAUCAGAACCAAAAAUUCAAUCUUAACUAAUGAAAUUAGUCAAAAGGACCAGGUUAAAACCGAGGUAACAGAUGAUGAUGACAAUGAUGAGUUCGCUGACAUAGGCGAUUUAGAUGAUGAGUAUGAGAUGGACGAAGCGGAAAUGGAAGCUCUCAGGGAAACACCUAUUGAUAGGGUUAAUGGAUUUGAAGAGUUUGUUCAAGUUUUCCUUUCUAUGCAACAAAAUGAACCAGAAAAGUAUCACAUUUUGUUUGGUGAUUUGGAUGAUAGCAAAAAGGAGAUGAUUCAAGAACUUGUAAGAGUAACUCAACAAACCAGACGCUGA